AUGUUAUAUCUAGUCGGUUUGGGUUUGGGCAAUGUCGAUGAUAUAACGGUUAAGGGAAUGGUUACUGUGCAGAAAUGUUCUCGUGUGUAUUUGGAAAGUUACACAAGUAUUAUGUCCUUCGGCUUAGAUAAAAAGAAGUUGGAGGAAUUUUUUAACAAAGAAAUUGAAGAAGCGGAUCGUAUGACGAUUGAACUAGAUUCUGAUGAUAUAAUAGACGAAGCAUUCGAUUCAGAUGUAUGUCUUUUGGUAGUUGGAGAUCCUCUUGGUGCUACAACACAUGCAAGUUUAGUUUUUAAUGCACGAAAAGCAGGUGUCGAUGUGGAAAUUGUGCAUAAUGCUUCUAUCAUCAGCGCUGUGGGAUGUUGUGGCUUGCAGUUGUAUAGAUUUGGGGAGAUCGUUUCAAUUGUUUUCUGGGAAGAAAAUUGGCAUCCAGAUUCUUAUUAUUUCAAAAUCGCAGAAAAUAAAAAGCGAGGACUACAUACAUUAUGCUUGUUAGAUAUUAAAACGAAAGAGCAGUCAAUAAAAAAUAUGAUGAAAGGUCGGAAGGAAUUUCUCCCUCCAAGGUAUAUGACUUGUUCCGAUGCAGCAAAACAGCUGUUGGAGAUUGUAGACCAGAUGAGUGAUGAAAAUAUGGAACCCGUAUACACGAAAAGUACAGAAGUUGUGGCCCUGGCGAGGGUAGGAUGGGAUGAUCAGAAGAUUGUUUUCUGCUCUUUGGAAGCAUUAUGCGAUCUAGACAUGGGACCACCGUUACAUUCAUUGAUCAUUCCCGGUGAAUUGCACCCAAUGGAAUUGGAUUUUUUGAAAAGUUUCUACCACAACGUCUUUUAA